AUAGUACAAUUAUUAAACUGGUCCAACAAACUUUACGAUAUGCGUUGCAACGACUGCAAAAGUUAUCCCUCAGUGACAAAAUUCUCUAACGAGUAGACAAACCAAAUUCUACCAACUCUGCAUUUUCUUCAAUCUGGGUUUGUUCCAAUGGAAGAACUAGGCGAUGACACACCUGAGAUUUAUGACUGUGAGAUCAGACUGAGAGUGAAUCCUCAAAGGCGAAAGGAAAAGGUUUACAUAGGUUGUGGUGCUGGGUUUGGAGGUGAUCGACCAAUAGCAGCUUUAAAACUACUUCAGAGGGUGAAAGAGUUGGAUUAUUUAGUGCUGGAAUGCCUAGCCGAGCGCACCCUUGCUGAGCGCUAUCAGGCGAUGAAGUCUGGUGGCAAGGGCUAUGAUCCCCGUAUCUCAGAGUGGAUGGAACUGCUCUUACCUUUGGCUGUGGAGAAUGGAGUUUGCAUUAUUACAAACAUGGGUGCGAAUGAUCCAUUUGGUGCCCGGGAUGAAGUCUUACAACUUGCAAGUGGACUGGGUAUUUCCAUAACUGUUGGUGUGGCUCAUCAAGUUGCUGUUGUCAGAUCAGAUUUGGAGGAGCACCUUAGACAUGUUGAUGAUGUUAGUGUGUAUCUAGGAGCAGCUCCUAUCGUUGAAUGUCUUCAGAAAUUCAGACCAAAUGUCAUUAUUACUUCUCGAGCUGCUGAUGCUUCCUUAUUUUUGGCCCCAAUGGUAUAUGAGCUCGGUUGGAAUUGGGAUGAGUUGCAACUACUUGCCCAAGGUUCACUGGCUGGCCACUUGCUAGAAUGUGGUUGUCAACUUACUGGAGGAUACUAUAUGCAUCCAGGAGAUAAAUACCGUGAUAUAUCUUUACAAGAUCUCCUCGAUCUGUCUCUUCCUUUUGUGGAAGUCAGUUUUGAUGGGCGAGUAUGCGUAGAAAAGGCAGAAAACAGUGGUGGGAUUCUAAAUCCCAGCACGUGUGCCGAGCAACUUCUGUAUGAAGUGGGGGAUCCUAGUAGCUACAUAACCCCAGAUGUGGUUGUAGAUUUUCAAGAUGUUUCGUUUCAGACAUUAUCAAGCAGUAAAGUCUUCUGUGCUGGGGCAAAGCCAUCUGCAUCAGCUCCUAAUAAACUGUUGCUGCUGGUCUCCAAGGACAAGGGGUGGAAAGGCUGGGGAGAGGUAUCCUAUGGUGGUUAUCAGUGUGUUAAACGUGCUAAAGCUGCUGAUUUUUUGGUAAGAUCAUGGAUGGAAGAAGUAUGUCCUGGAACAAACAAAAACUUAGUUUCCUAUAUCAUUGGACUGGAUAGCCUGAAGGCUGCCAGCAUAGAUGAAGAUUUGCCUAGGGAUAUUCAAGAUAUCAGAUUACGAAUGGAUGGUUUAUUUGAGAAGGAGGAACAAGCAAUCCACUUCACAAAAGAGUUCAUAGCAUUAUAUACAAAUGGACCUGCUGGUGGUGGCGGUAUCAGCACUGGACACAAAAAAGAGAUCAUUCUUGAGAAGGCAUUGGUAAACCGUAAAGAUGUUCAGUGGCAUAUUACAGCAACAAGAAACAAAAUAAUGCAAUCAGAUGAUAUGGCUAGUCCUAAGGACAUAAUGCAGACCAGUUCUUUCCAUGAUUCGGUCUUGCGAUCUAUUCCAACAGAAACUGCUUUGAACAAAAAAGAAGGCGCACCACAAAUUCAGCUGUCCCCUGCUCCACAUGACAGGAAGAUUCCUCUCUAUGAUGUCGCACAUAGCAGAGCUGGUGAUAAAGGGGAUGAUCUAAACUUUUCCCUUAUCCCAUAUUUUCCUCCAGAUAUUGAAAGGCUAAAGAAGAUUAUUACUCAAGAAUGGGUAAAGAAAGUUGUUGCAAGGCUUCUUAAUCCCUCUUCCUUCCCCACUUCUGAUGAUAUUGAAAGAAGAGACAAAUGGGUUCAUGAACAUGUUAAGGUGGAGAUUUAUGAAGUCAGAGGGAUCCAUUCCUUGAAUAUUGUGGUUCGUAAUAUUCUAGAUGGAGGUGUGAACUGCUCAAGAAGAAUCGAUAGGCAUGGAAAGACUCUAUCCGAUCUUAUAUUGUGCCAGAAAUUGGUGUUGCCUCUGUGAUAUGAAGAGAUGGCAAGAUCGGAAGAGGCAUAUAAACUUCAUUUUCUUUAUCCGGGGAGGUGGUAGUGACAGUGGGGGCUGUGGACAGGCUCCUGAGCCUAGGUACAAUUUGGAGUAUAUCAGACUUUGGAGACUUGGCUUUAAGAUAAAAUUGUUUUAGUGCCGAUAUAUGAUCAUGGAAACAAUUAGUCUGAACUCUUAUUGUGAAUAAGAUUUCUGUUAUAAAGUUUUUAACUCUAUUUAAAAGCAAUGAACUAGUCUGUUCUUGUUGAAACAGUUUCUAUUCUAGCAACAAAUGUCAAAGUUACAGAAUCA